AUGCGUCCAAAAUCCAAGAAAGAUACGGGGCUCGGAAAAGCCAUUAUCAAAGAUCGUUUUAAAGGAAAUACAAGGCCAAGAGACGGAGAUACUUUCUUGCAUACAACGGAUUUGGAUGAUGGAGCGAGUUGGACAAAAUUACAAUCUAUAACUCAGCAGCGAGAUUUGGACGAAUUCUUGAGUACAGCUCAAUUGGCGGGAACUCAGUUUACUGCUGAAAAGGAAGUUUUAGCAAGACAAGAGGCUAAUAAAGAAAAAUUAGUAAUACCAAGAAGGCCAAACUGGGAUCAAACCACUACUCCUAGUCAAUUAGAACUGAACGAAAGAGAUGCGUUUUUACGGUGGCGGCGUAACUUAGCAUUCCUUCAAGAGCAAGAUGAAUUUCUUUUAACACCAUUCGAGCGUAACCUAGAAGUAUGGCGUCAACUCUGGCGCGUGAUUGAGAGAUCGGAUUUGGUGGUACAGAUUGUUGAUGCAAGGAAUCCAUUAUUUUUUCGAUCAACGGACUUGGAAAAAUACGUUAAAGAAGUUGAUAAAAAUAAGAAAAACUUGUUAUUAAUUAAUAAAGCAGAUUUAUUAACUGCCAAUCAAAGGCAACUUUGGUCAGAUUACCUUGAUUCGCAAGGUAUUCGAUAUAUUUUCUUUUCCGCUGUUCUUGCACAAGAGAACCUCGAAAAGGAACUGUUGGAAGUAUCUGCUGAUAAUGUACCUGAAUUUAAUGAUGGCAGCGAUAAUGAGAAGGAGAAUGUGGAGACUUCUCCUAACGACAAUAUUUAUAAAGUCAUGCCCGAAUUCCGAGAUAAUGAAGAUGCGAAAGACGACGCGAUUGAACAUUCAAAAGCUGCUUCUUUGGAAGAUCGAUAUUCUAAACACAUCGAUAAUGAAAAAGUUUGUAUUAGAACGACUAAGGACUUGGUUUCUUUACUAGUUGCUGAGGCGGCAGACGUCGAAGAUCAAACUGAACCAGAUAAAAAACUAACAAUUGGUUUAGUUGGAUAUCCAAAUGUUGGUAAAUCUUCAACGAUAAACGCUUUACUAGGAGAGAAACGAGUAUCGGUCUCAUCAACUCCAGGAAAAACCAAACACUUUCAAACCAUUCAUCUUACACCCUCACUAGUUUUAUGUGAUUGUCCCGGAUUAGUAUUUCCAAAUUUUGCUACGACAAAUGCUGAUAUGGUUUGUAAUGGAGUAUUACCAAUCGAUCAAUUAAGAGAACACACCGGUCCUGCGGCAUUAGUUGCGCAACGAAUACCAAAAUCUGUUCUUGAAGCCAUUUAUGGUAUCAAAAUUCGUAUUAAAGCAACGGAAGAAGGUGGAAAUAAUAUACCAACAGCGGAAGAACUGCUGGUUGCUUUUGCAACCGCGAGAGGAUUUACGAAAUCGGGACACGGAAAUCCUGAUGAAUCACGAGCAGCACGUUACAUACUCAAAGACUACGUUAACGGCAAACUUCCAUUUUGUCACCCGCCACCAACUGGAAUAUCAUCAGAGAAAUUCAACUCAGAGUUACAUAACGUAGAAUUAUAUAUAAAAAAUAAAAAGAAAAUCAAAUCCAUCAUAACACAGGAUGGAGAUGAUAUAUCAUCAUCGAUUGCGAAUCAAAUAAAUAUUGGUACACAAUCAAAAGCACUUGAUCAAUCAUUUUUUGGUGAUCCAGCACCAUCACCAAAAGUCAAAGGGAAAUUUGCUGGUGAAUUUAGUAGAGUUAAAUUAUAUCCUAUUCAUAGCACACUUAAUGAUGAAGGAAAACCAAUUGGUAGAGGUGGGGCAACUUCUCUAGCUGGUGUGAUUGCACAAUCUGGUAAAAAACAUCACAAAAAAGGAAGGAAGAACGUAAAGAAUCAUGGUGCAAAUGGUUACGAUAUUUAA